GGCGACGGCUAGCAGUCACCGCCUCCUACAAGUGCCAGAGCCGGGCAGACAGCGCGGAGGCUGCGGUGGCAGCGGCCACGGAGCUGGCCCUCCGGGGCCCCUGGGGGGAGGGGGAGCUGUCAAGCCCCCGCUGAGGCCGCCGCUACCGGGCCUCCCCUCCCCCCGGGGCGGGCGCCAUGCGGGGGGGCCCGGGCGAUGCGGAGCGGCGUGAGCGCUGGGGUCGCCUCUUCGAGGAGCUGGACAGUAACAAGGAUGGUCGCCUGGACGUCCACGAGUUGCGCCAGGGACUGGCCCGGCUGGGCGGGGGCAGCCCGGACCGCGGAGCACAACAGGGCAUCUCCCCUGAGGGUGAUGCUGACUCAGAUGGCGGCCUUGACCUGGAGGAGUUUAUCCUCUAUCUGCAGGAGCGGGAACAGCGCCUGCUACUUCUGUUCCACAGUCUGGACCGGAAUCAGGAUGGUCAUAUCGACGUCUCUGAGAUCCAGCAGAGUUUCCGAGCUCUGGGCAUUUCCAUCUCGCUGGAGCAGGCAGAGAAAAUCCUGCACAGCAUGGACCGUGAUGACACCAUGACCAUUGACUGGCAGGAAUGGCGUGACCACUUCCUGUUGCACUCGCUGGAGAAUGUGGAAGAUGUGCUGUAUUUCUGGAAGCAUUCCACGGUCCUGGACAUUGGCGAGUGCCUGACUGUCCCGGAUGAGUUCUCGGAGCAGGAGAAGCUGACUGGCAUGUGGUGGAAACAGCUGGUGGCGGGUGCGAUGGCGGGUGCCGUGUCCCGGACGGGCACGGCCCCCCUGGACCGCCUCAAGGUCUUCAUGCAGGUCCACGCCUCCAAGACCAACCGACUGAACAUCCUGGGAGGCCUACGGAGCAUGAUCCAAGAGGGGGGCGUGCGCUCCCUGUGGCGUGGCAACGGGAUUAACGUGCUCAAGAUUGCACCUGAGUCGGCAAUCAAGUUCAUGGCCUAUGAGCAGAUCAAGCGGGCCAUCUGGGGGCAGCAGGAGACACUGCAUGUGCAGGAGCGCUUUGUGGCUGGCUCCCUGGCUGGUGCCACAGCCCAAACCAUCAUUUACCCCAUGGAGGUACUGAAGACACGGCUGACCCUUCGCCGGACGGGCCAGUAUAAGGGGCUGCUGGACUGUGCGUGGCGGAUCCUGGAGCGAGAAGGGCCCCGAGCCUUCUACCGCGGCUACCUGCCCAACGUGCUGGGCAUCAUCCCCUACGCAGGCAUCGACCUGGCCGUCUACGAGCAACCGUGUCCUCAGCAUCCAUGUGUUCUGGGUACUGUGCUGGCUGCUGCAUUCAGGGAGUGCAACAUAAUUCUUGUCCUCCCGGGACACCCCUCCAAUGAACAAAGAAGUCAAGUCAACCAGCAAACCCUGAAGAACCGGUGGCUCCAGCAGUAUAGCCACGACUCGGCCGACCCGGGCAUCCUCGUGCUCCUGGCCUGCGGCACCAUUUCCAGCACGUGUGGCCAGAUAGCCAGUUACCCCCUGGCCCUGGUCCGGACCCGCAUGCAGGCCCAAGCCUCCGUCGAGGGAGCCCCCCAGCUGUCCAUGCUGGGUCUGCUCCGUCACAUCCUGUCCCAGGAGGGCGUGCGGGGCCUCUACCGGGGCAUUGCCCCCAACUUCAUGAAGGUUAUCCCAGCCGUGAGCAUCUCCUACGUGGUCUACGAGAACAUGAAGCAGGCCCUGGGGGUCACGUCCAGAUCCACUGGCAGAUCCUAGAUCCCCAUGCUUCAAGUCCUGGAUCUCCAAGCUUGGCCACUGGAUUCUGGAUAUCAAGAAACCUCAGCGCACCGGAUCCUGACAGUGCAAUGCCUAGGUCCCGGGGCCCCAACCGCUGGAUCUCAGACCCCCUCCAUCCAGCCACUGGAUUCCUGAAUCCCUUUACCUCGACCCUGGGUCCUGGAUCCCUCUGCUUCGACUCCCGGAUCCCCACAUUUCAACCAUUAUACCCUCAACCACCGGAUCCCAGCUUUCCAAGCCCUGACCCACCAGAUCCUCACUCCUCAGACCACAGUUGCGAGAGCCCAAUGGCAGAGGAGCGGGUGCUGGCGACUACAGCUGUUGGACCCCAAAUCCCUUCACUGCAGGCACUGGGUACUAAAACCUCAUCCAUAAGAGGCAGACCCUACCACCUCCAGGCACUGGAUGCCAACCCCUUAACUCCUGGUUUCUGACCCAAGUCCUCCCAAGCACUAGAUCUGGAACCCCCCCCCCCCCCCCCCAGUCUAGCUCCCAAUAGGCCAGUCAGUGUCCUGGAUCCCACGCGCCCCCGUCCCAGACACACACCAGAGCCCGGAGACCUCUCCCCCCAUGGCACAAACCACAUAGUCUACGGAGCCUCCAGGAAACCCAGGUCCUGGCCUCCCGGCUUGAAAACCCAUGGGACUUGUCCACUGUCCUGACACGUCUCAUGCCAGCCGCAAGGGGAGGAGAUGCCUCUCCCAGGCCCUGCACAGACACUGGACCCCCUACCUCCCCAGCAAAGCCUGGACUGCAGGGAAACUUCUCUCUCAAAUACUCCCCCAGCAGGGCCAUGUCUCACACCCCCUUCCCACUGUCUAGGCUGAUAACAACCCCCAGAGCCUGGGUCCCUUUGGAGGACCCAGUCGCUCUUUCUUAGGGGCUGGCAAGGAGGCAAUCCAAGGCUGGGGACACAUUAAGGGGGCCGCACACAUCUCCCAGCACUGCCAGCCCCUCCCCAGACUUCAGAGUUGGAAGCCAGAAGCAGCUUCCCUAAACCCAAGCAUCCAAGGAUGCAAAACAAACCCCAAACUCCCCAGCCCCCCAAAUUCAUUCCAGGUCUAUUUUUCUACCGGAGAGGAGCAGACAUUCCAUCCGCCCUAAUUCCCAGUACCCCCACCCUGUAUAUUCUGCACUUUAUAUUUGGAUUCUGAGCUUAGGCUUAUUGGGGGACCCCUCUCUCCAUUCCUUCCAAGUCCUUGGGGAACCCCAUUAAAGGACUGUAAAAGAAGAACUUGGAUUUUGGGGUGACAGGAUGACCCCCCACAAUGCUUCCACCUCCCCCACCUACACCACUCCCCACCUCCCUGCCUGUGUGUGUUAUUUCAAAGGAAAAGAACAAAGGAAUACAUUUUCUAAG